AUGGACGCCAUCGAUUCCGUCGUCGAUCCUCUCAGAGACUUCGCUAAGGAUAGCAUUCGCCUCGUUAAGCGUUGCCACAAACCUGAUCGCAAAGAAUUCACGAAAGUGGCUGUUCGUACCGCGAUUGGGUUCGUAGUAAUGGGAUUCGUCGGGUUCUUCGUCAAGUUGAUCUUUAUUCCGAUCAACAACAUCAUCGUCGGUGCCACUUAG